CUAAUGUUUCUGCCUGGGUAUUUCCACUCCAUUGCAUCACAGUUACCAGUGAUGUGGUUCUGCUCGUUAUAAGGAGCUGUUGGUGAGCAGCAGCAGUUACAGAGCAGGCAGCUCCCACCGAGAGAGAGAGAGAGACAGAGAGGCUGACCGGCUCAGAGACACACACUCACACACCGAACUCCGGCUGCCGUCUGACACCAUGAAUCCCGAGAACAAGUUGCUGGAGCUGGAGAAUGGGGGGCUGCUUCCCGUCAGGGACGGAGCCUCGAAGAGAAGCUACUUCUGGCCGGCUCUCUGUGCGCUCGCUGUGCUCGGCUUGUUGCUGGUUUCGUCCUGUCUCUUCCUGGCUCAUUUUGGAGUUCUCCCUUCAAAGCAGGAUUCAAGAUCAACAUUGCAAGUUGCCGGUCCAUUGCUUUCAACAGCUGCUCAGACCAGCGGUUUGCCUCGUCUCAUGAAGCAGGUGGGAAGUGACCCACGGCCGAGAAUCGCUGCUCACCUGACAGCUUCAGCAAGGAAUGAAAAAAAGAACAUAAUUUGGCAGAAUUUGAGUGACUCCACCUUCACUGAGGGAGUAGAGUUCAGGGACAACAGUAUCAUCAUCAAGAGGCCAGGGCAGUACUUUGUCUACACUCAGGUGGUCUUCCACAGCAUGGGCUGUGAGCAACAGGCCAUCUAUCUCAGCCACGAGCUCACCAAGCAGUCGGCAAGUUAUCCUGAGGAAGCCAUUCUACUGAAAGCCACCAAAUCUGCCUGCCACUCUCACCAACGUAGGGAGCCCUGGUACAAAACCUCCUACCAGGGAGCCAUCUUUGAGUUUCUGGAGGGAGAUCAGAUCUUCUCCAGGGUUAAUGAGGAUGCAGUGGGAUAUGCAGACACAACCGAAGGAAAGACUUUCUUUGGAAUAUUUGCCUUGUAACAAUCCCAUGUCACUUCCAUUGGUUACCAAUGGCUGAUCAAGAAUUUCAAAUUGAAAUUCAGUGCAAUCUGACAAAGACAUAUUGUCUUCUUUAUGACAGUUAUAUAGAAAUUGCAUUCCAAAACUACUGAUUCUUAUUGAUGUGUAUGCAAAGUGUUAUCGGUUCUUUAAUUUAUUUCUUAUUUAAGUUGUGAUUUCUGUUGCUCAUUUUAUUUAUUUAAAUUAGUACUCCUCACAGAGAGUUAUCUGGCUAUCCCUGGAGGAGGGAACAAGGAUCCUGGGUCUGAUAUUUAGACUGAUUAUUCCCUGAGACCAGUUACACGUCCUUGAAGAAUAUGGACUAUUCCUCAUGAACAAUUUGUAUUCCAAUGAAUCACUGAUUUCUUUGGGAAAACAAAGUAAGAUGAUUUAUUUAGCUGCUGAGUGAUGAAGGUCAAGCAAGACCCAGCAACGCAUUGGCUUUCUAUCUCCACAAUGUGUUUUGUCCAGUCUUCACAGGACUUUACCUGUUGAGUAUCUGUAUGGUCAGUACUGUGAUUAAAAUGGUGAAACAAUAUUCAACAAACACUAACAAUUUGGCUCAAUAAAUGUCGAUUAUUCACAAUCUGAAGUGACCAAUUGGUUUACAUCUGCUUGGUUGCAGUGGAUGUCGGAGUGGCAUGUUUGCUGCUCUGAUCAAAGGGUAUUGGUUGAGUUUGUUCCUGAAUGGAAAUGCCGAUUUCCCUUAGUGUGUUGUCGUCUCCAGUGGUCAUCUUCAGAGUGGGUAAUACACAGUGAUCCUGGUGAUAAAACUGAUUGGUUCUGCGUGCGGAAAGAUUUUUCAUCUCAAAUGUUGGACCGCUGAAGUUUAAUUACUGUUCAUUGACCAAACUCAAUGUUUCAUGUAAAACUGUAACAUCUGUAAUACAGGUGGCUUUCAAUGGCAAUAAUAUUGUCAAGUUUAAGA